AUUCUUUACGCAUGCGUGUGGCCGACAUCUUGUGAUCGGAUGUCAGAAAUUGAAUUUUAUCGGAUUUUUCAACAUUCCAGGACUUGAGUCUACUUUUCAAAACUGGCAGUUGAACAAUUUUACUUCUAAUUAAAUUUCUAUCAAGUCCACUUUGUCCAAGAAAAAAGACAGUUGAAGAUUGCACUCUAUUUGUCAUUGUCUACUGUAUUUUUCUUAAAAAUGAUGCAGAUUUAACUCUUAAUUCUUAUUCUUAAUAUCAUGGAUGUGAUAGAAAUUGUCCCACUAGAUGAUUAUAUUGGGAAUAUAAAAGAGGCAAAAUUAUGCGCUUCAGUCAAAUGGCUUAUAUCGAAAGCAUUUCCAGAUGGAAAAAUUCCCUCUGAUUUGCAAGAACCGUUCGAGUCGGACCAAAAUGGUUCACAAAGAAUGAAACAGACUGUUGUUAAGCAGUUGGUCAGCUCGAAUUUGUACUGCAGAACUUGCGCGCAUAUAUUUGGUAAUUCUUUGCAGGAAUAUGAAGGAAGAGGUCACUCCAGCGUCUUUCAAAUGCUGUCGAGGAAAGGAUUUUACGUUGUCGCCCCAAAUGAAUCUAAUGUGACUGAACAAGUUUUAUCGCAACCGGCACCGUUUAAAGUGGGAGCUCAUAUCGCAAUGAUGGACAGUUUAAUGAUGGCUUACGCAUCACAAACGAGUCCAGUUGAAAAAGUUAUUACAGCCGUCAAGAGAUUUGCAACAGUAAAAGCCUCUUCGGAAUUACCAUUUGAUGUUGAAGAUGGUCUUAUCUUUUGGAUGAAUAAAAUCGCUGGAGUUAUUAGAAAUAGAUUAAACGUCGAAGAUGAAAACUUUCUAAUUUUACAGCAGUUAGGUGAUAUGACGGACGGAUGUAAUUUAGCGGCUAUUUUGGCUCACUAUCAAACUUCGUUUAAAUUGCAAGACGCUAUAUUUAGAAGAUCUCUAGAUAUUGCCGAUUCGUUGUAUAACCUAGAACAGAUCUUAAGCUGGUGUGAUAAAAAUAUAGAAACUAUACCAUUGAAUCUGAACGAUCUGUUUUAUUGUGAACCGAUUAUGAGGCCAAAUAUUAUUGCAUUUAUAGCUGAGUUAUUUAAUUAUUUUGAAGGAGAUCGUAAUCAGCAAGUUAGAAAACGUCCUGCAUCUGCUAAUUUUGUAAAACCGCCGAUAAGCGAAGCAACAAAGAAAAGUUUUCGUCAAAACUAUGUAGGAGGCGAUGGCAAUAGGACUGAAUCUCCAGUCGAAAUUCACAAUGCUGCCGAAAAGCGAAUGCUCGGUAAAAAAUUUUUACAAAAAUUCCCAUGGAGUAAACAAAGUCCACUAUUGCCUUUGAGAAAAACAAGCCAAGAUAUUCCAAAGCAAGCCUGGCCUCAGGAGGGAAACUCUCUAUUAGAUCAAGUUGAUAUAUCGAAUGACUAUGAUCUAGAAUCUCCAGAACCACUCAUACCUGCUCGAAAGAAGGAGGUUAAGGAAACGCGAAGUGUCACUAAAUCGUCUGAAAGAGGCGAAGAGAAGAAACGACGUGUUCCAAAAAAUUUGCCUCUGAAACCUGAAGAAUCAAGCGACUCCUCUCCUGGAUCUGAAGAGUACAAAACACCUAUUGUUGAAAAUGCUCCACUAAGUUUCAAUAAUGCUUCAACGGAUGAAAUUGUACAUGAAAAUUUAUUUCAAGAAUCGCCGUUGGAUCGAAUGAGAACUGAUAGGGCCAGCUUUGUAUUACAUAAUAAGGUGAAAAGUCCUGAAGAAGCUUCCGCAGCAGGAAUUCCAGUUGUCGAAGAGGAUAAAGCCAGUCCUGUAACAAGUUUUGCCAAAAUUGCUGCUAGUGGUCCCGAAACCCCUAGCGUCGGAAUAAUCGGUAGCUCUGCAAAAAGGAAGAAAAAGAAAACAACAACUUUUUCUCUCCCUAACCAAACUACAUGGUCGCAAUGCGCUCAAAAAAAUAAAGAGGGGAAUUCUGUUAAUUCUUCUACAGUGUCUGAUUUCGAUAAUGAUAAAAACUCUGGUCUGGCUGCUGAAAUACAUAAUAUCAGAAUGCGUCUCGAUCAGCGUCGAAAGUUAAUCGAGAAAGAAAGGAAGAGGGAAAGGGAGGAAAGAAGCGAAAUAAGGCAGCAUGUUGGUGACACAGCUUUUAAACAAGUAGUUGGGGUUAAGAAAGGUGGAGAAAGUGCUCCGGCUUCUCUCAUCGGGUCUUUUAAUAGUUCCACCGGGAAAGAAAUUCCACCGCGUUCCUCGAGUACUCAUGACAGGUUAGACUCCGUAGCAGAUGAUAAACAGCCUACUGAUAACGGCAGUGCUAUUGAGUUUUCCCGAAGAGAUUCUUUGCUUGAAGAUUUUGUUGCGGAUAAAACCAGAGACAAUAAAGGCAAAGGAAUUUCGCCAACCAUUCCAAAUACACAAAGUAAUGGUUUACCUAACUUAGAAGAAAAUACGAAUGAUACAGGAAAGUCAUUUUCUCAUGUAAACACUCAAAAGACAAUAAGCGAUGCAAAACAAAGAUGGAGCACUGAUACGACAUCCGAAAAUUUUGUAAUCCAAACAAAUUCAUCAGAAAAAACAGAGCAAAAACAACCCAAAGCAUACGGUGCAUCUCUUGACAAAUUAAAUACAAGCAUAAAGGAAUUACAUGGUGAAAUCAUGAAAUUGUCGUUAGAUAACUCCACAAAACCAAGUCCUGGCAGUGCCAAACAAUUACCUUUUGGCUCAUUAAGUGAAAAAGGACAGCAUUGCUCAGUUCCAGGUCAAAUAUUUUUACCCGAUGUUACCAGCUCCCAGAGCCCAAAAUCUCAAUCCGAAGAAGUUAAAGAAAAGGAGCCUGAACUUCCAAAGAAAAUAUCGAUAGAAACAAAGCACGAACCUCAUACAACCGUCGAGGAAGCUCUCGAACAUAUACAAACAAAGGAGGAAAGUAAUGAAUCGCAACCAACUGGAUUUUACGUUGAUUUUGGUUCUGAAAGUACUCCAAAAUCCAAAAGAAAACCGAAGUUGACUUCAACGAAAGAAAAGAAAGAAAAUAAAGAAAACAACAAUCCAAACAACGAAAGUCCGAUAACGUCCCCAAGACAACAGAAAGAGGAGGAACAAGAUGAGAAAGAGGCAGCAAAAGAGGAAGCUACAUCAGCUGUUGGCUUUAUGGUUGCUGAUAAUGAUUCGCCGAAUGACAGAGAUCUAGAGAAGCGAAAACAGCAGCGCAUGGAAGCAAUUCAAAAAAAGCGAAGAGCAGAGCAAGAGGAAAAACGAAAAAAAAUGGAAGAAGAAAGAGCUCAAAAAGCGUUUGAAACGAGGAUGAAGCAAGAGGAGCAGGAAGCUAAACGGGAAAGAGAUCGAUUGAGAAGAGAGGAGAGACUACAAACCUACUUAAGAAAAAAGCAGCAGACUGAAGAAGGAAUUGAAUCUCCUCCGAAACCUAAGAAGACUGUAAGGCCUCGGCCUAAAAGUCAGGCUUUUGUAGGAGAUCAUGAUUUAGCCUCCAGAAGAAUGGCUAGUAGGUCUCAUGAAAACCUGGUCAAAGUAUCACCGUCUACUGGUAGGACGGGAGAGGGUCAUGGUGAUGAAGCUGCCGUAAACCGAGACGCUUACGAUUAUAGCAAUAUAGGUGACGAUAUAAGAAAAGUGAGCUUUGGACGAAGGCCACCUAGUCCAUUAUGCCUGUUGAGAACAAAACGCACUAGUAGUAUCAGCAGUAAAAGCGAUGUAGAAAAACUGAGAACCAGUCGGUCGGGCCCUAUGAAAGCCAUAGCUAGACCAGACUCUUUACCUGGAUCUCCUAGAGACGUCGAGAAGUUUAUUUUACCCAGCAAGAAUUCAAACCUGGUCCACAAGAGGCAUAACAGCAUGGCCUCCGUAAAUCCAAUUGCGAUACGAGCUGGACAUCAUACUACACAAGUUGUUAAACCACCAAUUUCAUCUGCACGAUUAGAACAGAUAUCUGCUACUCAUGGUAGGAGCAACACUGAAAUUGUGGAGCCUAACGAUUAUACAGGUCCGAAGCUCUUCGUGAAGCCUAGUGCUAAGUCGAAUAGAAGCAUCAUUAUGAACGCCAUUAGUCAUUGUUGUUUGGCUGGUGAUGUCAAUAGUGAUAAGAAACAAAAAGUUUUAGAGGCUAUUGGUCGAUCAACGGCUAAUCAUUUUAUCAUUCUGUUUCGAGGAGUAGGUCAGCAAUACAGAGCCCUUUAUUCAUACUUUCCAGAAACAGAAGAUAUUAUUAAAGUCAGUGGAAUAGGUCCAUCACCUCUAACAAAUAAGAUGAUGGAUGGAUUUUAUAAGUACAAUUCUGGAGGAAAAAGUUUCACUCGAAUUGAAACUACCAAACAUAUUUCUGUAUCAAUUGAUGCCGUAACAAUACAAAAUUGUUAUUGGCAAAAGCGGCAAUCUUCCACUUCGUCUGCGACCAGAAAACAUCAAUUAUUUUGA